AUGAACGUGCUUUGCCACACGCCGCUAGCGGUCCGGAACCCGCUUCUACGGACGGUGGGGGGAGUCCGGUGGGUGCUGAGCCCCCCUCGCAAGCUGUACUUUGGCGAUUGCACGCCGAUCCAGUACUGGUGGCACCAAAAAGUGCCCCAGCAAGUGAAGUACUUUGCCGGGCUUGCGGGCGUCGCCUGGACUAUUGCCAACGUACAUUAUGACUAUUUGGUGUCGUUUGUGCCUCCAGCGUCGGUGGGAGGCUAUUUUGGCUACAAAUGGUGGCACCGCAAGGUGUACCACGAGAACUUGGCCAUAGUGGAUAAACCCGAGAUGCCGCGGGUGAAAUUGGCUCAAUACGAUGAACUGCUGGUCACGAACGUAUUGAGAGGUAUCGAGAACGAGUUCGACUACUAUAAGGUACAGCUGAUGGAGCUUCUCACUCGCCAAGUCACCGAAUACGUUGCCAAAAAUCCUGAUCUGACCAUUGGCUCGAUGUUUUUGCGCCAGGGACAAUUUAAUGUUAAUUUCGGCGAUAUGGAGACGUUUGUGUUUGUUAAUGCUCCGGUUCCCGACCAAGCCUACGCCACCCGUGAGUUUAUUAAGUAUACGGUACCAUUCUACUCGACGAAGACGCUUGAGACUCGAGCUCGCGUCGGUGUGGUUGAAGUGUAUCUUUUGGAAACUAACCGGAGCCGACUCUUUGUUGAGUAUAAUGUGGCUGUGGACGUGAGACCAUACAAAUGGGGUAAUUCUCCUCAUAACUGGCUCCCGCUCCCUGAAGGGGUUGAGGAGCUGGAGGAGCUCCAGUUGCGCGAAGACGAAUCCGAAGAGGCCGAAGAAGAGUUUAUAUAG